AUGGCUUCUCUGCUCGCGUCGUUGAGCGAUCUGCCUCGACGUAUUUCGCUCUUCCUCGACAGACCCGGCUUUCCGUGGAAGAGGCUCGUCCUGGGCUUCUCCAUUGGUCAAUACGUUUUCGAAUCCCUCCUCUCCCUACGACAAUACCAGGUCUUGAAACGAACCAAGCCUCCAAAAACUCUUGAGGAUGAGGUCUCACAAGAAGUGUUCGACAAGAGCCAGGCAUACGGUCGUGCUAAGUCAAAGUUUGGGUUUAUUUCUAAUCUCUACAACCUUACCACCAAUGUCGCCAUUUACCAGUUCGAUGUCUUACCCAAGCUAUGGACUCUGACGGGGACAUGGUUAGCCAACUACGCACCUGAACGCUUCUCGGGCGAGAUAUCGCAUUCUAUCUUGUUCUUCUUCACUUUCAACUUCAUUUCACAACUCCUGUCUUUACCAACAUCUUACUACAGCACAUUCGUGCUCGAAGAAAAGUUUGGUUUCAACAAGCAGACAAGAAAACUGUUCUUCACGGAUCUACUAAAGUCGCAAGGUCUGAUGGUUGCUCUCGGAACCCCAAUCCUUGCUGUCUUCCUGAAGAUCAUUCAAUCCACUGGUCCUCAAUUCUUCUACUAUCUCUGGGUCUUUGCGGUAACGGUGCAGGUCUUUGGCAUUACCAUCUUCCCAAUCUUCAUCCAACCUCUCUUCAAUAAAUUGUCACCACUAGAGCCCGGCGAGCUGCGAGAGCGUGUCGAGAAGCUGGGUACGCGCCUGAAGUUCCCGCUCACAGAGCUGUACACCAUCGAUGGUAGCAAGAGGAGCGCUCACAGCAAUGCAUACUUCUAUGGUCUGCCUUGGAAGAAGCAUAUCGUCAUAUACGAUACCCUCAUCGCCAAGAGUGAGCCUGUUGAAAUUGAAGCCGUCCUUGGUCACGAGCUAGGUCAUUGGAGUCUCUCGCACACCACUAAGCUCCUCGGUAUUGCUCAGGCUCAUCUCUUCUACGUCUUCGCUCUGUUUAGCAUCUUCAUUCACAACAACUCUCUCUAUCAUUCUUUUGGCUUUCACGACUCGCAUCCUAUCAUGAUCGGUUUCAUCCUCUUCAGUGAGGCCUUGUCGCCAAUGGACACAGUCAUUAGAUUCUUGAUGAACAUCCUGAGCAGGAAGUUUGAGUUUGAGGCCGACAAAUUUGCCUUGGAUCUAGGCUACAAGAAGGAGUUGGCUCGAAGUUUGAUCAAGCUCCAGAUCGAAAACUUGAGCACGAUGGACGCAGACUGGUUGUACGCCAGUUACCACUACAGCCAUCCAAUUCUGACCGAACGGUUGAAGGCGUUGAACUGGAAGAGCGAUGGCAAAGUAUCGUCGGUCGACGUGAAGCUGAAUGGAGACGGAAAGGUCGUGAAGGCCACAGACCGAGAAUUGUAG